AUGGAAAAUCGGAUCAACGAUUCCAUUGAGAAGAAGAAGAAGAAGAAGAAGAAGAAGAAGAAGAAGGAGGAUUAUGGAUUAUCUUUGUUAUCGUGUUUAUUUAGAUCCAAGUCGAAGAAACCUGAUUCAAAUUCUAGGGUUUCAAAUUGCCCGACAUCAUCAUCUUCAUCACCAUCAUGGUUCUCAACAAUUUUAACUAGUCAUCCGAAAAAGCAAUCCCGGACAUUUUCAUUAGACAAAUCGACGAUAAGAGAUAAUCAAAGAAGUUCCCAUAAUAGAGAUCGAGAAGAGAAGGAGGAAGAUGAGCAUUACGCUAAAGAGACCACCGGUGCUCAACCGGACCGGAGAACAGGCCCAAAAUCGGGCCAUAAUCGGAGUUUAUCUGGAAUGGCGUUUUGCUUGAGCCCGUUGGUUCGGGCUAGCCCGAAUAGGCAAUUGAACCAGAAAGGAAUGCCUCUAGAUAUGGUGUUUUCCGGUGAGAUAAAAGUUAAGGUGAAGCCUCACCUUUCAAAUGUGGCGUCGUUCUGUAAGAACAGGUCGAGGAAACUUGCUGAUUUCGCAAGGUUCAAUCCAAACCGUUAAUUGCAAUGGUCGUUGAGAUUUAAUGACCUCUUCG